AUGUCCGCCAACGCUGCCGAACUCGCCACGCCCGCCCUGUCCGAAUCCGAGGCGCGCCGCGCAGAAAUGCUAACUGAUGGCCGCGACCCUGACCUCCCCGCGAACCAUCCGAUCAAUGCACUCAGCAGGACGCGCAAGACGCUCAUAAUGGCCACACUUGCCUAUUGCGGAUUCCUGAGCCAAUUUGCUGUCGCCAUCAUUCUUGUCGCACUUGUCCCUCUCGCUGUCGACCUCAAGGUUACUCCUGGCGAUAUUGCGAGCACUAUCGGAUACUCCUUGCUCGGUUACGCCGUGGGUCCGCUCUUCUGGAACCCGCUCUGCAGGACUGUCGGUCGCCGCCCAGUGUACCUCCUCGGCUCGCUCAUCUUCCUCCCGGUCUGCAUCUGGCUUGCGCUCUCGCCGAACUAUGCCUCGUUUGCGGUGGCUCGUGUCUUCCUCGGCCUCACCCUCGCAUUCUCGCAGACGGUUCCACCCGCGACCGUAGCAGACAUCUUCGUUCCCGCCGUUCGUGGCCAGAAGAUGGCCAUGUAUGCUGUCGCAGUCGUCACGGCCCCCGCGAUCGCGCCUUUCUUCUGCGGUCUUAUCAUCCACAAGGCGUCGUGGCGCGUCCUCUUCUGGUUCUGUCUGGGUCUCGGCGGCCUGCAGUUCAUCAUGUUCUUCUUCCUCGUCCCCGAGACACUUUGGGUCGAGGACACUCCCGGCACCGGAGAGGAGCGCAUCGAAGAGGAAAAGGACCGCCACGCUGCCAGCACUGAGACGAAGGACACUAUUGCACACCUCGAGGCACACCCCCACAUUCACGGUGCCAUGGGCCACGGAUCGACCGGCCACGUCGGCGCCGAAUGGAUGCCGUGGCAUCGCCCGGCUGAGUACCUCCUCCUCUGCGUUAGCCCCGUCGCUAUGCUCCGCUACAUUGUCAUCAUCGUCCCGUCGUUCUACUACGGUCUCCUCUUUGCCUGGAUGGUCGGAAUCACUGUCGUCACACCACAGACCCUUGGUGCUCCCCCCUUCAACUUCCGUGUCAUCCCCCUAGGCUGCGCCUUCCUCGCCUACGGCAUCGGUGGUGUGCUCGGCCUCUGGUCCGGUGGCCUCGUCGGCGACAAGACCGUUGCGUAUUUCGCGCGCCGCAACGGCCGCCGCGAGCCCGAAGAUCGCCUGUGGGCUCUCCUUCCCAUCCUCCCGCUCAAGUUUCUGGGCCUCCUCAUCAUGGGUCUCGACCUCAAGUUCCACUGGCACUGGAUUGGCCUCCUUGUUGGCGGCGGCAUCUACUUCUUCUGUCUCUCGGCGGCUACCGGCGUACUUCAGACAUACGUCCUUGAGACCUACCUGCCCAAGUCGAUGGACACGAUGGCCGUCUUCAACUUCUGGCGUAUGAUGUGGGGCUUUGCCGUCGCCUUCUUUGCGUACAACUGGGGGCUCAAGAGCGGCUUCCUUGAGGAGUACAUCACGCAGGGUGCACUCGCUGCUGGUCUCGGGUUUAUCCUCUGUGCCGCCCUGAUCUGGAAGGGCCGCGCCAUUCGCCAAUGGCAGGGCAUGCCCAUGUUCGAGUAG